UGAGGCCAAUUGAAAUCCUGACAACAAAAGUUGAAGUGAGAAAUUACUUGGCAAUAUUUGCAUGCAUAAGGAAGUUACCCGUAAGGUCACUAACUAUACUUUACCUUUUGUGCUUUCGCAGUGCAGCCCAAGGCAGCUUUACAAGUACAGUGGGGAUUUCGUGCAUCCAUGGUCUUGCUACCCGAGGUAUUCAAGUUGGCGCAGACUCCGCGCUCGUUGUUCAGACGACUAAUAGCACCGGCCUCGAUGCCCCGCCAAAACCCGCCGGACAAUCCCCCCGCCCGGCUAUCACUCAUCUCAAGGCAUCUCGCCCCCGUGUAUCCGAUCAAUACCCCCUACACCGUCGAACGCCUCCCGGACACCAUCGACACCUCCCUGCUACCCAAAAUACAGGAACGCAAGCUCUCUACCUCGGCCAAAAUGUCGUCCCAACCCGCACAUCCCACGCUCCUAAUCCCGGGCCCGAUCGAAUUCGAUGAUGCGGUGCUGCAGUCCAUGAGUCACUACAGCGAGAGCCAUGUUGGUCCCGGCUUCGUCGCAACCUUUGGCGAGACGCUCUCGAUGCUCCGCAAGCUCUUCCAAACCACGGACCCCUCCGCGCAACCCUUCGUUAUCUCCGGCUCCGGCACUCUCGGCUGGGACCUCGUGGCCGCCAACCUGAUCGAGCCCGGUGAGGACGUCCUCGUGCUCGGCACCGGCUACUUCAGCGACGGCUUUGCCGACUGCCUGCGGGUCUAUGGCGCCAGUGUCACAGAGCUCAAGGCGCCCGUUGGCACCAAGCCGCAGCUGCCGGAGAUCGAAAAGGCCCUGUCGGAGAAGCGGUACAAGGCCAUCACCGUCACACACGUGGAUACCUCUACCGGUGUCCUCAGCGAGCUCAAGGAGCUGUCAGCUCUCGUUCACAAGGUCUCGCCUGACACCCUCAUCAUCGUCGACGGCGUGUGCAGUGUGGCUUGUGAGGAGAUCGACUUUGAUGCCUGGGGCCUAGACGGCGUUGUCACGGCUAGCCAAAAGGCCAUCGGCUGCCCGGCCGGUCUCUCUAUCUCCAUGUUCAGCGGUCGGGCGAUGAAGGCCGUCCAGGCCCGGAAGACGCCCCCUGCCGCGUAUUUCGCGUCCAUGAAGAACUGGACACCAAUCAUGCAAAACUACGAGGCCAAGAAGCCCUCCUAUUUCGCCACCCCGUCCCCGCAGCUCGUUCACGCCCUGCACACAGCGCUCAGCCAAAUCCUAACCAAGCCCAUUUCCGAGAGGUUUGCCGCCCACAAGGCAGGUUCCGACAAGAUCAAGAAGGUCGUCACCGACCUCGGCCUGAAGCAAGUCGCCGGCAACCCCGACGAGCAGGCUCACGGCAUGACGGCCAUCUACCUCCCCGAGGGCGUCAAGGGUGCCGACCUCCUGCCUAUCCUCGGUAAGAAGGGUGUGGUGUUUGCCGGUGGUAUCCACAAGGAAAUCGCUACCAAGUACAUCCGGUUUGGGCACAUGGGCGUUAGCUUGCUCGAUCCGAAGCGGACGGAUGUUGACCACGCCCUGAAGUCUUUGGAGGAGGGCUUGGCUGAGUGCGGGUACAAGAAACCAUAGAGGGUACAUAAUACAAGUGUAAAUAGCCUAAACCCGGGCUCAUAGACAAUAAAGCUCUUUAUAGCAACUACCGGAACGCGUAAC